CGAAGGACGCUUUGCUAGACCUGUCUUCUAACAUGCCAUCCAUUGAACAGAUUCUCCUUCCUCACCUCCAAAAACUAGAGUCAAAUGCGACAUUCUCUUUCAAGGGAUCUUCCGUGGUCAAGUCAUCAUCUGGCAAACAGUACUUCGCCAAGGUCGGCGCUCCUAGGGAGAAGGAGCAGUACAUAGGGGAGGCGGAGUCCCUCAUUGCCAUCUACAAUGCGGCUCCUGGUCUCGCACCAAAGCUCUUUGCACACGGUGUGGUGGACGGCAACGAUCAGCCUACUGGUCUUGAUGAGCCAGGUCGACCAUUCUUCCUGUCAGAGUACAAGGACCUCAAGUAUGUCUCGCCAGCUGCUGGACAAAAACUUGGGGAGAGAUUGGCUACUGAGCUUCACAGAUACCAAAGUGACAAAGGUUUCGGCUUUCAUGUCCCAACGUAUUGUGGGGAUACAAAACAACCUAACGGUUGGUAUAAAACGUGGGAAGACUGCUAUGCUGCAAUGAUUGAAAACCUCCUGAGCAAGUUGCGAAGCCAGGGGGGAUAUUCGGACCUAUGCAAGAAAGGCGAGCAGGUAAAGACAAGAGUCAUUCCUCACCUAUUGCACCCCCUCAAAAUAUACCCAGUCUUGAUGCAUGGUGAUCUAUGGAGUGGCAAUGCUAAGGCGGAUGCAUCAUCAGGAGAACCUGUAAUAUUUGAUCCUUCAUCCUUCUAUGGACACAACGAGGCCGACUUGGCCAUUGCUAGGAUAUUUGGGGGCUUUCCCGGAUCAUUCUUUACGACAUACCAUGAAAAGCUACCCAAGACCGAGCCUGCGGGUCAGUAUGAGCUACGCUCCGACUUGUAUGAACUCUACCAUUAUUUGAAUCACACUGUGCUGUUUGGGGGAGGUUACGCUAGCAGUCCCAGCAGGAAGAUGGAUAGACUGCUGAGAGAAUGUCCUUAGGGUUUCUGUUGAUCAUGGAGCGUUGAAUGUACAAGGAGAAUAAGGACGGAUGUAGACCAUAGUGUCCAGCAACAAAGUCGAUUCGGACUGAAUGCCGAAAUUGAG